GACAUCAGCGCCGUGGAGAACACCGGCAGAACCACCGAGUUUAAAUAAACCAUAAUAAUCUGAUAUUCUUUAUUCACUUUAGGUGAAACCACACGCUGCGAGUGGAGGGAAGCAGAUCUUCAGCUUCUGUUGGUCAACAAUCCUCACAAAGGCCCCAUUGAGAGCCCGGCUAUUGUUGUUGUUGUUGUUGUUGUGUGUUUCUCUGACUCGGACCCGGAGGACACGGCCGACACGCCGGAGCGAUUCACAGCGUUUACAGGGAUUCAUUUCAUCCGUUUAGCUCGUCAGCAUCUGUGGUCAACGAGAGGCCCGAAGUACCCAGACCCAGAGACCGGGUCAGGAAGCACCUUCAGAGCAUCUGAAGGGUCCGUCUGCAGCAGCCGCCUCACUCCACCCCUCCAACAAGACCUCCACACAAGACCACAUCAAAGCCCAAUGGAAGGAACCAGAACUUUCCUCUGGAUGUUUCUGCUGCUCAGCCAGCUGCCGUCCUGUCAUACCGACGCAGACCGAAACCUGGUGACCGAGCAGCCGCAUUCCUACCCAACAAAAGACCGAGGUGGCGGCUGGACGCCGGCCACGGAGCGCGACGUUGCGACCACGGGCCACACAAACCCGCCCGACGCGGACACCAACGGCACUCGAGCCGACUGCUUGAUUGACACCGAGAUGGGUCUGGUCGCCGUCGGCUCGGCAGGGGGGCUGAUCGUCUGCCUGCUCGUGACCACCGUGGCGCUGGCGUGUCAGAUCCACGUCCUCCAGCGCCGGAUUCACGCCCCGCGAACCUCCCGGUCCAACAUGGACUUGGUGAGCGGCACGGGGUACUGGGGCGUCGACCGGCCGGAGGAGGGGGGACUGGUGGGGCCGUGCAACGCCGCCGUCAUGCUGGAGGAGGUGAGAGCCGACGGCGAGGUGGAGGCGGAGCUACGGGAGGCGAGGGGAGAGGCGCUGGAGCAAGUUGCCACGGCAACGGUCUACGAAGGGGAGCUCGGUCAGAUGCAGAGCUCCAGCUCCAGAGACUCCUGUCUGGAGAUGCCCAGGGAUCUGGAGGAUAUGCCCCUGGUGGUGUGAGGAGGAAACCCCACGAGGUCCCAGACACAAACCAGCUCAGUGUUUAACUCUGAGUUCUCCAGUUUAUUUCACCUCACAGAAUUUAACCAACAUUUUUUGUCAACUGGUGAUAUAAUAAAGGAUAUAUUAUUAUUAUUAUUAUAUUAACACCCAAGUUACUGAACCCACACCAAAAAAGAUAUAAUACAUAUUUCAUAAAACCAUCUUCUUUCACUCAAGCCAAAGUACUCAAAUAGACGAGCAAAAUAGUAAUUAUUAAAUUAUAAAAAUAUACUUUUAUCAUGCUAUCAGGAAGUUUACAAACUUAUUCAAUGUCAGUUUGAGACUCAGCUUAUUUAAUAGUUUUUUUACAUUUUGAUUAGUACCAAAAAGUAUUGUGUAUAUGUUUAUUCCACUUUUAAACUACUAUACUUUAUUUUAUAAACAUUUAAAAUAAAGUAUAUAAGUCCAUUUGCUAGAGAGCUUUGAUUCUGAUGGAAAAGCCUUUAAUGGCGUUUAUAAUAUGAAAUACUUAUUGUCAUGAGUUUGUUUAACCUUUAAACAUCUAAUUCCAGAUGUUAUGUAGUUUUACACACUUGCUCAACAUUUACUUUGAAAAUGCUUAAUUUGGCUAAAUGACAAAAUGAGCGUGAACAAUAAAUAAGUAAAUAAAGAGCUUUUCCUAGAACAGACUGAAGCCACGACGAGCCGUCUCAUAAUAAUAAUCCUUGUUGUGUUCGUGAUCUCUUGCAGACUAAUACUGUUCAUAAAUGAAACUGAGCUACAAUGUCGGGUUUUAAAUAAAUGGACGUUUGCAUCUCG